GGCCUUGGUCGGAACCUCGGAUGAUUGGCCAAAGCAGGUCCGAAUGGAUCUUCAUCAGGCUCUGCAUCCUCCUCCUGCGUUCCGUCGCCCCUCUGUCCAUCCUGUACCUCCUACUUUCAUGGUACUAUAAAUCCAUUCUAAUCAACGAAUAUGUCGGCUUUUACGCCCUCGCGGAAGCCUCAUUUUUCCUCUUUGUUUACUUACCCCGGAAGCGUCUGUUGCAGAGGCCCGCCCAGCACCCCCCUCUGCUCGACCGCGAAGAACUCCGCAUGCACUAUGAGCGGUGCUGCACCCACCUGCGCAACACCGCGCACACCACCGGCUGGUUCUUCUCCUGCGCGUUCAACGACAUCAAGCGCGAGAACGUCAUGGAGUGGCUGCUCUGGGCCUUUUUCCACUGCACCGGCCAGGACAAGCUGAAGGACUGGGAGGCAGAGCUCGAGCAGUAUGUCCAGCAGCUCGAGAAGGCUAUCGGGCAGCGGUUUGACCCCGGGCGCAACCCGAGCGUCAUGAGCAUGCGGACGACCUUGGACCCGGUUAUGAUGGUACACAGACCAUUGGUCUGGUACAUGAUCGUCGGAUUUAUAGAUACCUAUUCAUCCUUGAGGCUAGCGUCACUGGGCUUCAAGCACUACGCGACACAUCGCUGGUUCGGUGCCUUCCCUCCUAGACCCCUCACCGUAUUCUCGCGCAAAUCGAUACACCCUCAGAUGUCCUUCUGGUACCGCCCACACCGGAGUAAAACAAAACUUCCCGUCCUCUUCAUCCAUGGCAUCGGGAUCGGUUUCUGGCCGUACCUCCCCUUCCUCGCCGCGCUCGUCCGCGAGAACCCCGACGUCGGCAUCCUCGCGAUCGAGAUUCUCCCCAUCAGCAUGCGCAUCACCUCCCCACCUCUCACGCGCAAAGCCACCUGCCGCGCGAUCGACGACAUCCUCGCGUCCGUCGACAUCUACCGCUUCGCCAUCGUGUCGCACUCCUACGGCACCGUGAUCACGUCGCACCUACUCAAAUCCGCCCUCCUCGCCCCGCGCAUCGCCGCGUGCCUGCUCGUCGACCCGAUCCCGUUCCUCCUGCACCUCCCCGCGACGUCGUUCAACUUCCUCUACCGCACGCCCAAGCAGGCGAACGAGUGGCAGCUGUGGUACUUCGCCUCGCGCGACCCGGACAUCGCGCGCACGCUCUCGCGCCACUUUUUCUGGGGCGAGAGCAUCCUGUGGAAGGACGAGCUGGAGGGCAAGGACGUCGCGGUCGUCCUCGCGGAGAAGGACCAGAUCGUCGACGCGGGCGAGGUACGGUGGUACCUCACCGACGGCGCGGAGGAGCAGUUCCGGUGGAAGAAGGGGAAGUGGGAGGUGCUCUUCUACAAAGGGCUGGAUCACUCGACUGUCUUUGAUACACCGUCGCGGCGGAGGCCGCUCCUCGAUAUAGUGAGGAAGUUCGUCAGGCAGGUAUAGAUGACUCGGCACGAACUUCACGACAUGGGAUAUCCCACCGCAUACACGGAGGUCCAUAACACUGAUCAUACAUACACGGAACCCGCAUUGAACAUUCCCUGGAUAUACUAUGUUGUACAUCUUAGCUAGAUUGGUACCAUACUUUUAAAUUGCACAACGACGACGUUAUCCCCUAUACCCUG